CCUCUGGGUUUCGAAACUGUGAUUUUGUUAUUGAAUCAGAGAUGGACGUUGGGGGUAAUGGUGGUGGUUUGAUUGUCAAUAAACAGAGGGCUAUGUUACCCAACAAAAGUAGGGGUGAAUUUGUCCGUAAUCAAAGAAAAGACUCGGAGGGCUUCUCCGAGUCUCCAGACCUUGAGUUUGAGUAUGCAGAUACAGACAAGUGGUCUGCUGAACUGUCAGAGCUAUACAGUUACACUGAAGGACCAGAAUUUCUUCUCAACAGAAAAUGCUUUGAGGAGGAAUUCCGAACUCAUGUGUCUGACAAGAAAUGGACCGAGCUGGAUGUGGCUCAACACAGAGCUCACGCCAUGCGUCUACUGGACGGCCUGGAGGUGAUCACCAGGGAGAAGAGGCUGAAGGUGUCCAGGGCAAUCCUCUACAUGGUUCAGGGGACGUUUGCGGAGUGCAGCUCUGAGGCAGAAGUGCAGCACUGGAUGAGGUAUAACAUCUUCCUGCUGCUGGAUGUUGGCACUUUCACAGCCCUUGUGGAGCUGCUCAACAUGGAGGUUGAUAACAGUGCUGCCUGUAGCAGUGCAGUCAGAAAGCCAGCAAUCUCCUUGGCUGACAGCACAGACCUCAGGGUGCUGCUCAACAUCAUGUAUCUGAUGGUGGUGACCAUCCAGCAGGAGGACCCAGCCGACUCACCUGAUUGGAGGGCCACCAGGGAGACCUUUAAAACAGAGCUGGGCUCUCCUCUGUACAACAACGAGCCCAUCUCUGUCAUGCUCUUUGGCAUGGUGACAAAGUUCUGCAGUGGUCACGCCCCCCACUUCCCCAUGAAGAAGGUUCUGAUGCUGCUGUGGAAGAGCAUACUGUUCACCCUCGGGGGGUUUGAGCAGCUCCAGAACAUUAAGGUGAGUAAGCGGGAGGAGCUUCGCCUGCCCCCCCUCCCAGAGGACAGCAUCCGGGUCAUCAGGAGCAUGAGGGCAGCCUCGCCCCCCGCAUCUGCAUCUGACCUCAUCGAACAGCAGCAGAAAAGGGCACGCCGUGAACACAAGUCCCUAAUAAAACAGGACAACCUGGACGCCUUCAAUGAGAAGGACCCCUACAAGUCAGAUGACCCUCGUGAAGAUGAGGAUGACAACGAUGACAAUGACAACUCCAUGGAGGCGGAGCCUUUUCCCAUGGAACGGGAUGAGGUCAUGCCCCCACCCAUCCUACACCCCCCCUCAGAGAGAGUGAACUUCCCCAAGGGCCUGCCUUGGGCCCCCAAAGUCAGGGAAAAGGACAUAGAACAUUUCCUGGAAUCAAGUAGAAGCAAAUUUAUCGGCUAUACGCUUGGAAAUGACACAGAUACAGUUGUCGGCCUACCCAGACCCAUCCAUGAAAGCAUCAGAACCUUGAAGCAGCAUAAGUACAUCUCUAUAGCUGAGAUUCAGAUUGCCAAGGAGGAUGAGUUUCAGAAAACUCCACUGUCAGGGGGAGAAGAGGAUGUGGAGAUGUGCUCCACUGAGCUGCUAUACCAGGGCAUUCUUCCCAGCUUGCCUCAGUACAUGAUUGCCCUGCUGAAGAUCCUGCUAGCGGCUGCCCCCACCUCCAAGGCCAAGACAGACUCCAUCAACAUCCUGGCAGAUGUGCUGCCUGAGGAGAUGCCGACCACUGUGCUCCAGAGCAUGAAACUUGGUGUGGAUGUUAACCGCCACAAGGAGAUCAUUGUUAAGGCCAUCUCUGCCAUCCUGCUGCUGCUUCUCAAACACUUCAAACUCAAUCACGUCUACCAGUUUGAGUACAUGGCUCAGCACCUGGUGUUUGCCAACUGUAUUCCUCUCAUUCUCAAGUUCUUCAACCAGAACAUAAUUUCUUACAUCACAGCCAAGAACAGUAUUUCUGUGCUGGACUUCCCUUACUGUGUGGUGCAUGAGCUCCCUGAACUUACUGCAGAGAGUUUGGAGGCUGGCGACAACAACCAGUUCUGCUGGAGGAACCUGUUCUCCUGUAUCAACCUGUUGAGGAUCCUCAACAAGCUGACCAAGUGGAAGCACUCCAGAACCAUGAUGCUGGUGGUGUUCAAAUCUGCUCCCAUAUUGAAGAGGGCGUUGAAGGUUAAACAGGCCAUGAUGCAGCUGUACGUCCUCAAGCUGCUCAAAGUGCAAACCAAGUACCUGGGCCGCCAGUGGAGGAAGAGCAACAUGAAGACCAUGUCUGCCAUCUACCAGAAGGUCCGCCAUCGCCUCAAUGACGACUGGGCCUACGGUAACGACCUGGAUGCGCGGCCCUGGGACUUCCAGGCAGAGGAGUGUGCUCUGCGCGCCAACAUUGAGCGCUUCAACAGCCGACGCUACGACAACAACCAGAGGAACCCUGACUUCCUGCCCGUGGACAACUGCCUGCAGAGCGUUCUUGGACAGCGCGUCGACCUGCCGGAGGAUUUCCAGAUGAACUAUGACCUCUGGCUGGAGCGAGAAGUCUUCUCCAAGCCCAUAUCCUGGGAGGAGCUUCUGCAAUGAUAACAGGGCUGGGUGGUGGGAGGUGGUGCUAUAGGAAGGUUUUCUGAACCCACCUCCCCAAGGUGGCAACACUAGUCUACAUCUCCACAUCGUUUAGUGCUGAAAAAGCAUACCUGUUACAGCAUUCAUAGAGCACUGCAUUUGUUUCUGAAAAUUACGCAGACAAGUCCCCAUAACAAACAUGAUCCUUGUGUUGUCACCUCGUGCAGAGAAAAUAACAGUCAGUAAGGGAUAUUCAGGAGGUAGAGGGUCAACACCUAAGUCACCUAAAUGUGGACCUUGCGCAUUAGCAUUACCCCUUCACAGUUGGACCAAUCAUUUAUAAUAUCUGAAUCCAGGCACUAGACUUCUCUUCUUUUUUUUAAAAGCGCAAAUAGGGGGUGCUUAUAUUUGUCCUGUUUCACACAUGUACAAGUGUGUAACCUGUACAAGCGUGUGGGGAAAUGGAAAUGUGUUUUUUUUGCAUAUCCCAUUUGGAGAGUGGUGUCACUCAUGGCCAAGGUGAACCAGGUCUUGAUUUACCCCAUGUAGAGCCUUUUCUAGUUUUCAACUGGACCUUUACAGAGUGCUAUAGGUUUUUAUCAGCCUUGUCCAACCUCCAUGGUUGGGUAUGUAAAACCUUUGUAUUCUGUUACUUACACACAACUCCACACAUCCAUAUGUCUUAUGGUUACUGAUACAACCCCCUGUUGACCAGGCUUUUGAUGUUCCAUAAGUACUCUUCUCACCGAGUGACUGUUGGCUUGUAUGAAUCACACACCUCUAUCAACCCUGGUGGAGACAAUUUAGAUUGGUAUUAAGACAUUUUAAUGGAAUUUCCAGCCUAAUGUUUUAACCUAAAGCAACAGGCACACGUGUUGGCCACUACAUAACCUUAUUGGCUGAUAACUUGGGAAACAAACCUUAAUUUUGUGUGUAUGUGUGUGUGGACAGUAUGUUUGAGAGAGUGAGGGAAGAAAGUGGUUCUCACUCACUCUUCACUAAGCAAAUUUUUUUUUUUUUUUUUACUCAAGGGAAAAAUUUUGCCCACCUGUUAACUCCUCAGUUCUAAGAUAAUUGUAUAGUUGCAUUGUGCUUAUACUAAUUUACCACAGCUAUUGCUUUUUUUGUGUUAGGUUUUAUUUAUUCGCACCAAAGACAAAACAGUACAGAUAAAACAGAAUGGUAGAAACUGUGCAGGUGAGGUUGGAAGCCCAAAAGGGCUUUUAUGACAAAUAUAAGUACAUCAAAUAAAGUAUGUUCCAUCAGUUAAACAAAGCAUAUUAAUUUUAAUUGAACAUGAUAUACUCAUUAUACAAGACUAUGUGUGUGUGCAUCUGUGUGAGAGUUAGACAUGGAGGGGAUUAUUGGGUAGUUUGGUUCAUCAGGUGGACCCCCAGUCUUCGCUUGAAGUUAUUGAUGGAUGAUGUUUGGCAUUGUGAACAUAAGAAUUCCAGAGUAUGGUACCUCUGUAUCUGAUAGAGAAUUAUCUGUGUGAGGCAGUGGGGAGGGUGAAGGUUAUCGCAGUGUCUUGUGUUAUAUAGAUGGAUUUCCAGGGAGAAUCCAUUAACGGGUUUAGGUAAACUGUCUGGGAGGUAUAUUUAGAUGAAAGUGCAUAAUUGGCGUACCUUAAUGUUGUAAAUAGGCAAGAUAUUGAGUUUCUUAAACAAAGGUGAAAAUGUAUUUUGUAUGAUGAGUAAUUUGUGUAGGUACGGGGCAUAUGUACCGGCUCAGAAUUUUUUUUUACCGUAAUGAGAUAUGGGUCAAUUAAGCUACAGUAUAGAGUUAGGAAGCAAGCCUGAUGAACCAAACCAUGUUUUUCUACGAUUUUAGAAAAACAUGGUAGUGCAGAUAUUGGGUGAUGAAUUGUAAAAGAUCUUGGAUCCCCAGAUUUAUAGAGAGGGGGAUAACUUUGGCAAUUACAUUUUUUUAGGAACACUACCAGUUUGCAUUGAUUUUGUGAAGAUAUACCUUAGAGCACAGGUGUCAAACUCAUUCCACGGGGGGCCGAGUGUCUGCGGGUUUUCGCUCCUCCCUUAUACUUGAUUGAUGAAUUAACAUCACUAAUUAGUUAGGAACUCCCCACACCUGGUUGUCUAGGGCUUUAUUGAAAGGAAAAACCAAAAAUCUGCAGACACUACUAGGCCCUCCGUGGAAUGAGUUUGACACCCCUGCCUUAGAGGCUCAGUAAUCGAGGAAGACACUGAUUUCACCAGAGGCACCAAUCUCAUAACCUGCUGCUGAUAUCUUUGUUACCAAUUACCUCCAUUACAGCAGAAGGAUUAAACUUGAGAAGGGAAAUACCACUUCAUGUAAUCCAAGUGAUUUCCAUCAAUUUUCAAAAUUGUAUUUGACAGAGAGGAACCCACAUUCACAAAAACGUAUUAAAUUCACAUGAAAAAACAUCAGAAUCACUAUAGGUAUUAUUUCCAACAAUAAAUUGAGAUGGAGUAGUUCUAGAUGCCAUUUUCUUAUUCAAUAGUUGAUUGAUUUUCAAAGUUGACUAUUUUAUUUAGGGAUUCUUGAAAUGUGUUAGUAAAAUAUAUUUUGGGGGAUAUCUGAAGUAGGUGAGUAAAUUUGUUCUUAUACUUUUUUACAUUUGCAGAAUUUAGGGGAGAGGGAUUUGUGAGAAUGGUUUUUAUAGAACUUCUUUUUAACUGAGGAUGUUUUGAGACCGGUUGUAAACCAAUGUUUCCAGAACCCUUCUGCUGCUCUCUUACGUGGUUUAACUAAGGUGGUGAAUUACAGAAUUGAAAGAUGUGAGAAAAGUCUGGCAAGCAGACUCCACAUCAGCCUGAUUAUUAUAAUGGUUAUUGAAGAGAGAAUCUAACAUGGAGAAAUGUAAUUAUGACAUCGUAUGACGUUAGGAUGUUGGAAAAACCCUUAUUUAUCAUGUCAAUAUGUUUAGCAUUCUAUGACUUUAUAAAUACUGUAUUAAAAUGAUGCUCUCUUA